UUCCCGCUGCAGGUACUGCGCGAGGUGGACCUGGGCGGCAACCCCAUCGAUUGCAGUCGGUGCGCUGUGUUGGGGCUGCAGGAGUGGCUGGGCCAGGAGGCGCGCCCCAAAGUCCUGGUGCUGGGAGAGGACCGUCCGCUGACCUGCAGGUACCCGGCCUCGGAACGCGGCCGCCCGGUCGUCGACCUGCAGGGAGCUGUACUGGAAGCCUGUCGCCAGGGCGUGGUGGCGGCGGUGUCCGUGGCGGUGGUGGCGGCGGUGGGCGGCGCGCUGGCGCUGCUGGCCCUGCGCUUCCGCCUCGAGCUGACGUACGUGGUGCACGUGCUGCGCGCCAACCACCGCGUGGGCGGAGCGCGCCGCGCAGGACGCCUGCCCGACGCCGCGGACGCCGAGAGGGAGUUCGACGCCUUCGUCUGCUACAGCAAGCACGACCGCGCGUGGGUGCUGGGCGAGCUCCUGCCGCGCUUGGAGGGCGGCAACCCGCGCUACCGCCUCUGCCUGCACGAGCGGGACUUCCCCCUGGGGUCGCUCAUCGUGCAGAACAUCGUGGAGUGCAUGGCGCGCAGCCGGCGCACGCUCAUGGUGCUCACGCCUUCGUUCGUCGACAGCCAGUGGUGCCAGUGGGAGCUGGAGAUGGCGAUGCAGCACCUGCUGGAGGGCGCCAGCGACUUCCUGGUGCUGGUGGAGCUAGAGCGGCUGGAGACGCGCACGCUGCCGCGCCUGCUGCGCAUUCUGCUGGACACGCGCACUUUCCUGGAGUGGCCGGCGGGAGACCCCGGAGGCGGCGCGGCCGUGGAGACGGCGUGGCAGAGGCUGAGGGCUGCCCUGGGCCCGCCGCUCUGCGCCUCCACCCCCGCCUCCGCCGCCGCCGCCACGGCCUUGCCCCUGCAGCCGCCGCCGCCCGCGACCGUGGCGCUCGAGGCGGUGGAGAUGGCGUCGUUCGUUAAGGCGGCGGUGGAAGUGAAGUAA